AUGCGGAUUCCACAUAUAAUAAAUAAAAACACUUUUAAUGAAUACAAACCAUCUCCAGAGAGCUUGGAGCUUAUUGGAGAGGGAGAUAGAACACUUGUAUCUGAGAAUUUUGAUUGGAACAAGGACCAUUGUCCCUCAUUAGUUGACCUUUGUGUACAAACUAUAAGUAAAUAUUUCCAUAGAAAUCCAAUAUUACAUAAACUGCCUUGUGUGGAGCAUGAUCAUCUCCUAGAAAUUGUAUCCUGCGAUCUACCACUGAUAAUUGCAGUUACAUAUAUACAGGACGAAUAUUAUUGGCAACGAAGAUAUACCACACAGUUUGGUUUGAUACAUAACAGGAAACCCCUAGACUGGACUUGGAAAAGUUUGUACUUGGAGCGCUCUGUGCAGGAAAUUCUAGAACAGGCCCAACCGCAAUACAACGAUGAGGAAACUUUUGAGGAAAUUUUGUCGAUAUCCGCUCCUUAUGUACAAAGAUUAAUUAUCACUCAAUUACAAAGUUGGAAACCACCACUCACAAUGGAGAAAGAAGAUAUACCUGAAGAAUAUCCCACAGAUCAUAUCAACUUCAUUUUUAUUCUUCGGAAACUUCCCCUUAUCAGAGAAUUUGAUAUUGUAUAUGGUGUGAAUUCAGCUGGGGAGGAGUUUAAUUUGAAUAUGUUUAAAGUGUCUGUAGCAGAUUGCCAGAGGUUGGGAAGGGCUCUACUAGACCUUAAUUAUUUGACAAUAUUACGUAUUCACAGAAGUAAAAUAGAAUACUUGCAUUGCCAAGCCCUUAUGCAAAAUCUUAUAAAAAACCACACCAUCGUAGAACUAGACUUAUCUCACUGCGAAAUAGGUGAUCAAGGUGCUUUGUGUGUUGCUAACGUUCUUCAGUGCCAUCCGUCUUUGAAGAUAUUAAAUCUGACUGACAAUAAUAUUCGAGAAAUUGGAGCAGAGGGUUUAGGCUUUGCUAUGGUCCAGCCUGGUUGUGCAGAUUUGGAGUACUUGAGUUUAAGACUGAAUCCUUUAGGAUCCGAGGGCGUAAUGUGUAUCCUAAGAGCACUUGUUAGGUGUACCAUACCUACCGCGCUGUCCAUGAGUGGGUCUCUCUUUGAGGGAGAUACAGCAGAGAAUAUCGCCUUGAUGCUUAAAAUGAAUGAUACCCUGAAAAGAUUAGAACUCAGUAGUAACUGGAUUGGCGAAGAAGGUGGAGAGGCACUUCUUCAGGGAUUAGAAGUGAACACCACCUUAGAAUAUUUGGAUAUCAGAGAUACAGACGUAACCUCGGAGCAAAUGAAGCAAAUAGAAAAGAUUCUGAUGAAAAACAGAUGUGAAUUACAUCAACCUGGAGAAGAAAUUGAAGAGGGCAUAGGUGAGGAAGAAGUUGAAGAGAAAGUGGUAAAUUAUAACACAAAUGAAAGUCCUGAGCAAGCUCUUGAAUAA